AUGUCGAAGAAAGAGCUAAAGGAUAAGAAAAGAGUUUCAGAAGAUGAUUCCAACGUCGACACUAAGAAACAUAAGAGCGAUAAGAAGGAACAUAAGGUGAAGAAGGACAAGAAAGAGAAGAAAGAUAAGAAGGAAAAGAAGGAAAAGAAAGAAAAGAAGGAAAAGAAGGAAAAGAAGAAGGAAAAGGAAUCCAACAAAGAUUCUAAAAUCGAAAAAGAAGAAGUAAAGGAGGAGAAAGAAAAUGAAGAGGAAAAUGUUGUUAUUGGCGGUUAUCAGCAGAGUAAAGAUUUAGCAAACGUUCCUCAAAGCGAUAUCGAUUCAUUUUACAAAGAGAAUGAAGUCAGCGUUGAAGAUUCUCAAAAGUAUAAUCUACGUCCACUUCUAUCAUUUUCACACCUUUCAUUAAAACCUGAGAUUCAAUCUGAAAUUUCUAAAUUUCCUAAACCAACACCCAUUCAAUCGGUAUCUUGGCCAUAUUUGUUAUCUGGUAGGGAUGUUAUUGGUGUUGCAGAAACAGGUUCGGGUAAGACUUUUGCAUUUGGUGUUCCUGCCAUUGAUCAAUUAGUCUCAAAUGGUGAUGCUAAAAGAAAGAGUGUUAAAGUACUGGUGAUUUCCCCAACUAGAGAAUUGGCAUCUCAAACUUAUGACAAUUUAAUUAUUCUAACAAACAAAGUGGGUCUAGAAUGUUGCUGCGUCUAUGGUGGUGUGCCUAAGCAAGAACAGAGAAAUCAGCUUAGAAAUUCUCAAGUUGUAGUUGCCACGCCAGGUAGAUUAUUGGAUUUAAUCAAUGAGCAAUCUGUUGAUCUUUCUCAAGUUCAAUAUUUGGUUCUUGAUGAAGCUGAUAGAAUGUUAGAAAAGGGGUUCGAAGAAGAUAUUAAAAAUAUCAUCAAUCAGACUAAUUCUAGAGACAGACAAACUUUGAUGUUUACCGCUACCUGGCCUAAAGAAGUUCGUGAGCUGGCUUCCACAUUUAUGAGAGAUCCUGUAAAGGUCUCCAUUGGUAACAGGGAUGAACUUUCUGCCAACAAGAGAAUCACACAAAUUGUGGAAGUUAUUGAACCUAGACAGAAGGAUAGAAAACUACUGGAAUUGUUGAGAAAAUACCAAUCUGGUGCUAAAAAGGACGACAAAGUGUUAAUAUUUGCUCUUUACAAGAAAGAAGCUUCUCGUGUAGAGAACAAUUUGAAGUACAACGGCUAUGAUGUCGCGGCAAUCCAUGGUGAUUUAUCUCAACAACAAAGAACUAGCGCUUUAAACGACUUCAAAGCUGGUAAGUCAAAUUUAUUAUUGGCCACUGAUGUUGCUGCAAGAGGUUUAGAUAUUCCUAACGUCAAGACCGUGAUAAAUUUAACCUUCCCCUUGACUGUGGAAGAUUAUGUGCACAGAAUUGGUAGAACCGGUAGAGCUGGUCAAACCGGUACCGCUCACACACUGUUUACAGAUAAUGAGAAACAUCUAGCAGGUGCCCUAGUAAACGUUUUGAACGGUGCAAACCAACCAGUUCCAGAAGAGUUAAAGAAAUUCGGUACCCAUACUAAAAGAAAGGAACACGGUGCAUACGGUGCCUUUUUCAAAGAUGUCGAUAUGUCUAAGAAACCGAAGAAGGUUACAUUCGACUAA